CGCCUGCGCGGGGCGAUGGACGCCCCCGGGGCCCUGGCCCCGGCCAGGAAGGAGCUGAAGAUCGUGAUCGUGGGCGACGGGGGCUGCGGCAAGACCUCGCUGCUCAUGGUGUACAGCCAGGGCGCGUUCCCCGAGCACUACGCCCCGUCCGUGUUUGAGAAGUACACGGCCAGCGUGAUGGUGGGCAGCAAGGAGGUGACUCUGAACCUCUACGACACGGCGGGACAGGAAGACUAUGACCGGCUGCGGCCCCUGUCCUACCAGAACACCCACCUUGUGCUCAUCUGCUACGACGUCAUGAACCCCACCAGUUACGACAACGUCAUUGUCAAGUGGUUCCCUGAGGUCACGCAUUUCUGCCCUGGCAUACCCAUGGUGCUCAUCGGCUGCAAGACAGACCUGAGGAAGGACAAGGAGCACCUGCGGAAGCUAAGGUCCGCACAGCUGGAGCCCAUCACCUACACACAGGGCCAGAGCGCCUGCGAGCAGAUCCGGGCUGCACUGUACCUGGAGUGUUCCGCCAAGUUCCGGGAGAACGUGGAGGCCGUCUUCCGAGAGGCCGCCAGGAUCGCCCUCAAGGCCCUGAAGAAGGCCCGGGGGCGGAAGCACCAGCUUUGCGUGCUGCUGUGA